AUGGCUCCUCCUUUGGGUCCUCAACAGGCCGAGAAAACGGCCGGAGAAGUCAACAAUGUUCACAUCCCAAUUGAAGCUGGGAAAAAAAAUGACGGGUCCGUCGAGAAGAAAAGUCAGAAUGGUUUACUGAGAGUUUUCUCCUUCGGCAAUACCAAGCUCCAUAUCCUCGAAUGGAUUGCUUUCGGCGCCGCGAUAGUGUCUGGUGUUGCUCUCGCCCUGGUCAAUUUGGUCAUGGGAAACUUCUUGACGCUGCUUAGCGAUUUCAGCUUCUCAAACGCGGACUCGAUCCCCGACAAUUUCAUGUCCGCCGUGCAGAAUUCUACGCUCCAGUUCGUUUACAUAGGCGUCGCCCGUCUCGUAGCUACCUACAUUUACGCCUCCCUUUUUACCUACGUGGCGUACCACUUGACCCGUAAUGUCCGACACGGCUAUCUACGGGCUGCCUUCAGCCAGGAGAUCGCCUGCUAUGACCAGGACGCCUCCGGCUCGAUCUCGCAGCAAGCGACCACAAACGGCAAACUCAUUCAAUCCGGAAUUGCAGAGAAGCUCGGCAUCGUUAUCCAAGCCAUCUCCACCUUCGUGGCGGCCUUCGUGAUCGCGUUCGUCUCGCAAUGGAAGCUAACCCUAAUCCUUAUCUUUAUGGUGCCACUUCUGCUCAUUGUGCUUGGCACAGCUGGUGGUAUCGAUGCCAAGAUCGAGACCAAGGUCUUGCAGGUCUACGCUCAAGCCAGUAGCUACGCCGAGCACGUCCUCGCAGGCGUUCGAACCCUUCAGGCCUUCAAUCUUCGACCGAGAGUGAUGGCCAAGUACGACAUUUAUUUGCAGGACGCGUACACUAAGGGUAUGAAAAAGAACAAACUUUAUGGGAUCGUGUUCGGAGGACAGUAUUUCGUCGUCUACGCGGGUAUGGGCCUGGCCUUCUGGCAGGGCAUUGCCAUGCUCGACCGCGGCGAGAUCUCUGACCUAGGAACCGUCUUUACUGUUCUCUUCUCUGUCAUCAUGGCUGCCAAUACGGUCAUGCAAGUCACACCGCACAUGGCGACCUUCAGUCGCGCAGCCACUGCAGCGUCGGAGCUCUUCGCGCUCAUCGAUAGACAAUCCGAGAUCAACCCGUUCGACGAAUCAGGAGACAAACCUGACAACAUGACUGGCGUUUUCGAUUUGCAUGGGAUCAACUUCAGCUAUCCUACGCGCCCAGAUGUCACUGUCUUGGAGGACUUUACACUCAAUAUCCCGGAAGGCAUGGUCACAGCGUUGGUGGGUCAAUCCGGUUCGGGGAAAAGUACCAUCAUCGGCCUGCUCGAACGUUGGUAUAAUCCUAACGAAGGCAGUAUCUUCUUAGAUGGCAAGGACAUCAGCCAGAUCAACCUCAAAUGGCUACGGACGAAUGUCCGUCUUGUUCAACAGGAGCCGGUGCUUUUCAACGGCAGCGUAUUCGAAAACAUCGCCAACGGCCUCGUCGGUACCCAAUGGGAGUCAGCAUCGCAAGACGGCCAAAUGCACCGCGUCCAAGAAGCCGCGAAGCUCGCCUUCGCGCACGACUUCAUCCAGAAUCUACCUCAAGGAUAUUACACACGUAUCGGCGAGAGAGGUGGUUUGCUAUCGGGCGGACAGAAGCAGCGAAUCGCCAUCGCUCGCAGCAUCAUCUCGGAGCCCAAGAUCCUGCUCCUCGACGAAGCGACCAGCGCGCUUGAUCCGCACGCCGAGGCCAUUGUCCAGAAAGCCCUCAACAGCGCCUCCGCGAACCGUACGACUGUCGUCAUUGCCCACAAGCUCGCGACUAUUCGUAACGCGGAUAACAUCGUGGUCAUGUCCAAGGGCAGGAUUGUGGAGCGGGGACGUCACGAAGAGCUCAUGUCUAGGAACGGGACAUAUGCCACUCUCGUCAAAGCUCAGGAUCUUACCCCUACUAAUGUCGAGAAGAGCUACGGCUCGCAGGACACAAGCAUUUACGAAGAGGCUUCAGAAAAAGGAGACGACCUUCAGCCUCUUGUCAAGAUCCGCACGGCCGAGGCGAAGCAACUGGCUGUACGAAAAGAUCGCGAAGACCAUGAUUUGUACGAGAAGACGGGCAUUAACCGUAACAUUUGGAGGCUUUUGAGAGCGACGCCUGAGAUAUGGCUCUGGUUUGGAGUCACAGGAGCCACGUGCAUCGGAGGAGCUGCCGUUAACCCUGGACAAGCCCUCUUGCUGGGCAGUAUCUUGAGCGUCUUUACUUCUCCUGACAUGGUUGCUCGCGGCAACUUCAUCUCACUGAUCUUCUUCGCCAUGUCACUCGGAAUUCUGGUUAUAUACUUCAUCAUAGGCUGA